CACCCCACCCCACCCCACCCACUCCCUCAAAAACCCCAUUCCUCCGGCGAGCAAUCCCCGAGCUCCGGCGAGAUGCAGAUCUUCGUGAAGACGUUGACGGGGAAGACGGUGACGCUGGAGGUCGAGAGCAGCGACACCAUCACCAAUGUCAAGGCCAAGAUCCAGGACAAGGAAGGGAUCCCGCCUGACCAGCAGCGGCUGAUCUUCGCCGGGAAGCAGCUGGAGGACGAGCGGACCCUGGCCGACUACAACAUCCAGAAGGAGUCGACGCUGCACCUGGUGCUCCGCCUCCGCGGCGGCGGCGGCAAGGGCGGCAGCUACCCCAAGAUCGACCUCAACCUCCUCCAGCUCGCGCUCAAGUACCGCCAGCACAAGAUGAUCUGCCGCAAGUGCUACGCCCGCAACUCCAGCAGGGCCGAGAACUGCCGCAAGAAGAAGUGCGGCCACACCAGCGAGCUGAGGCCAAAGAAGAAGCUGGAUGCCAAGAGAGAAUGAAGCAACAUUGGAAAAUCACCAAAAGCGAUGAAGUGCCAAGCGUCAGUUGAACCAGUUUUCAUAAUAAGAGUUGUCAGUCCUAUUAGAGUACUUGUCUAUCAAGAGCUGUGAUAUUGCAGCUAAAGAGUGUCUAGUUAAUUUUCCUUUGCUGGUUUGUCGAACCUUUUGUCGUUCUUAAUAUGCUAGUUAUGGCAUUAUGAAUCUCGAUUAAUAGUUGUGUCUGGGAUGUGUUCUGGCCGUCUGAUGAUAGGUUUUCAACCUUUUGGUGUUUACCACAUUGAUACAUAUAUAUGUGCAAUUCCAUUGA